GGCAGUUGCAGCAGUUGCGUCUCAUAACCCUCAUCUUUAAUAUCCGUGUCCUGUUCCUUCGUCACUCCCCAAAGUCUUCACCCUUUCCAUCUCCAAUCUAGAUAUCAAAGUUAGGGUUUUUUUCGUCCCAACUUAGGGUUUUCUCCCCUAAAAUGAAAGAGAAGAGAGAAGGCUUAGACUACUGGAUCCACUGGCAAGUGUUCGUCUGCGCUCUGGUCAUCGUCGCUCCGGCGAUCGCGGCGGCGAUCGUGCUCUCGAGAUAUAGGGAUGAGCAAUUGAGACCGUCGGAUGUCUGGACUCCUUGCUGGAAGAAGAUCCAUCCGAUUUGCCUUCUGGUGUACCGCGGUCUCGUUGUGUUGAUCAUGUCUUGUUUGCUGACUCGAUUCCUUCUUGUUGACGGCGCUUUCGCCUUCUACUUCUAUACUCAAUGGACCUUUACAUUGGUGAUUGUUUAUUUUGCGAUUGGUACCGUGAUAUCUGCACAUGGUUGUUGGAUGCAUUUCAAACAAGGUGCACAAGGUGUUACGCAAGAUGAAGAGGCAAAUGAAUUUCUUAAAAGGGAAAUUCAAGAAACUGAUCACGCAACUUUGAAUUUCAGAGAAAACAAUGCAAUCAGAUCACGAGACAAAGAAGUGAAAGAGAAAAGAGCUGGAAUAUUGGGAUAUACAAUGCAAAUCAUCUAUCAGAUCUGUGCAGGUGCUGUUAUGCUGACAGAUAUUGUCUUUUGGUGUCUUCUAGCACCAUUUAUGAGCGAUCAUUUCUCUGUUAAUGCGUUAAUGUUUUGCAUGCAUAGUCUCAAUUUCGUCUUUCUUCUACUUGAUACUCUUCUCAAUAGCCUGCCAUUUCCCUGGUUCCGUAUGGCAUAUUUUGUCUUCUUCAGCUGUAUAUAUGUUGUAUUUCAAUGGAUCCUGCAUGCCUGUGGGUUUACUUGGUGGCCAUAUCCUUUUCUUGAGCUAUCGACUCCCUGGGCGCCUGCAUGGUACAUUGCAAUGGCAUUGGUUCAUGUCCCUUGUUAUUUCUUCUAUUGGCUAGUAGUAAAAGCGAAAAAUUCAUUUUUGCCCAAAUGGUUUCCUCAUGCUUAUGUAAGAUCAUAUUAACAUUUACAUCGCUUGUGAUGAAACUGCUUCAGAGUUUUUUGUUGUAUUAUGAGAAUGAGAAGUUACAUAUAUUUAUAAUGAAAAGGAGCAUUUAUUGGUUCCCUUUUUUGCGUGA